GUUGUCGGAUUCGCUUUCGAUUUUUGAUAAAUAGUUAGUCAGUCGUAGUAAUAAGAAAUAAUUUUUAAAUUUGAUUAUUAAAUUAGUUUUUGGGGUUUGUCGAUUUGGUUGAUUAAUUUGUUUCCUGUUUACUCUCGCUUGCCUAAUUUCCCGAUUUAUCAAGAAUCGUGAUUCCUGCUAUUAAGACAAGACAGGAUCAACCAAAGAAAAGUUCUAAAAAAUGUCGGACGAGGAUUGGGUGACGUCGAUAAAUCGACAGGCAGAGCAAGCUCAUAAGAAAAUUGAGGCAUUAUCACUGAAAGAUAAGAAGACCAAUUCAGUAGUCAUACCAACAACUACGUCUGGUAUGAGAGCCAUCACAAAUGCACGAGGGGGAACUGGAUUGUCAUCAAUGGCCUCUCCCCCGACGUCAUCGACUUCAUCAUCAUCAUCAUCCUCCUCUCAGAGGCAGACGACGGCCAUUAUCACAACUGCUGGACCAGAUGCUGUCCUUAGUGUGCCUGCAGCUACGUCUGCCUCUGCUGCCAGUACAGGCUCUAGUGGGACCGACGAGGAUGAAAAAGUAUCGACGAAAGCCGACAUAUCUCUGAUCAACAAACUGUUGAGGUCCCACCUGGUCAGCAACAAAAACAACAUCGAGAUUUUGAGAAAAGAUCCCAGAUCACCGCUGUAUUCGGUGCAGUCGUUUGAGAAGCUUAACUUAAAACCCGAGCUCCUGAAAGGCCUGUAUGAGAUGAAGUUCAAUGCUCCAUCAAAAAUUCAAGAGACAGCCCUACCUUCUUUACUAGGAAAUCCGCCGGCAAAUAUGAUAGCCCAAUCUCAGAGUGGAACAGGGAAGACGGCGGCCUUUGUCCUCACCAUGUUGAGUAGAGUCGAUACGAGUAAAAAUUAUCCCCAGUGUCUCUGCCUGGCCCCCACCUAUGAACUGGCCCUACAGAUUGGGGAUGUGACCGAGAAGAUGUCAAAGUUUAUGACUGAUAUUCAAAUUGGCUAUGCUGUCAGAGGAAAUAGAGUGAGUAAAAAUGAAAAACUUCCCUUCCACAUCAUAAUCGGAACCCCGGGUACCCUGCUUGAUUGGUGUUGGAAAUUUCACGCAGUGGACAUGUCAAAGAUCGUGGUGUUCGUAUUGGACGAGGCCGACGUCAUGAUCGAUAAGCAGGGUCAUCAGGACCAGUCUGUUAGGAUUAGGAACCAACUGAGACCCAACUGCCAAAUGCUCCUGUUCUCGGCCACGUACGACGAGGAGGUGAUGAAAUUCGCCAAUCAGAUCAUAUCGGACCCCAUGGUCAUCCGACUGCGGCGGGAGGAGGAGAGCCUCGAGAACAUCAAGCAGUACUACAUCGAGUGUCAGAGCGACGAAGAUAAAUACAGGGCUCUAUCUAACAUUUACUCUGCCAUCAGUAUAGGACAGUGCAUGGUCUUCUGCCAUACGAAACGUUGUGCGAGUUGGUUGGCCGAGAAGAUGUCAGGCGAUGGCCACCAGGUGGCUCUUCUGUCUGGAGAGUUGGUCGUCGAGCAGAGGGCUGCAGUCAUAGCCAGGUUCAAGGAGGGCAAAGAGAGGGUGCUGAUCACCACCAACGUGUCGGCUAGGGGAAUCGAUGUUGAACAAGUAACAGUGGUCGUGAACUUUGACCUCCCCGUGGACACCAUGCACAGGGUAGACUUCGACACCUACCUGCACAGAAUCGGUAGGACCGGUCGGUUCGGGAAGAAUGGACUGGCCAUCAACAUGAUCGAUAGCCAGGCGUCUAUGCAGAUGAUGAGAGCUAUCGAGGCACAUUUUGGGCGAAAGAUUCAGAGACUGGACACAGACGAUCUUGAUGCCAUUGAGAAAAUUGGGGGACGUGGAUAGCUAGGAAACUCAUUAAUUAAUUCAUUCAUUCAUUCACUCAUUCAUUCACUCAUUCAUUUAAUCGUUUAUGGUUCAUUCAUUCGUUUACUCAUUCAUUCACUCAUUUACUCAUUCAUUCAUUUCUCAUAGGUUUGAUAGACCUUGUGAACAUUAAAUUGUAUUUUGAAUAAAAACGUUGAUACUAAAAAAAAACUUUGUGUUUUGAAAUUUUUUUUAUAAAAAAAACGAACGGUCUCUCUAUGUUGUAAUAAUUAUAGAUUAGACCAUGUUGCUUCGUUCGAUUGUUCGUUUUUCAAUAGUGAUACAGAUCUUGCUACUAUUUUGAUUUUGCAAACAUGUUUUGUCUUUCUACUGACCUUUGUAUCUUGAAACUGCGGUUGGAAAAACUUCAAAAAAACUUUCAAUUAACAGUUUCUUUCUGCUUUGAAAAGACUGCUGAUUUGUAGAAUGAAAAUAUUUGCUUUAUUAUUUUUGAUAGAAUAAUUUCAUCUGUUGGCUGGCGUGGCAUUGGACGAAUUUUAAACAUUAGUAAAGGUGUUGGUAUAGAGGAAAUACAUUUUAAAGCCGGCAUUGGUUUUAGUAUUGGCGACAAAAUUUUUCAGUAUCAUUAACAACACGCACACCAGACACACAAACACACCACAUACACACAUCACCUGAUUAAUUUUAUUAUCUUAAUUACUUGAAGAUUUUGAGAAAAAAAAGCCUUACGAGUUGAAUUAUUUUUUUUUUUGAGUAAUAAAAUAACAUUUAGUAAUACAUAACACAUGGUAAUAUAUAUAUAUAAUAUAUAUAUGAAUCAAAAUGAUAUAUUAAUAUAUAAUAACAAGGGACAUAUAUAUUUGUAGAUAUUUAUGUAUACUUGAGUCUUUGUAUAUGAGUGUGUGUUUUGCCAUUUGAAUUUGUGUAAAAAAAUUUGUAUGACAAGUAUAUAUAUAUAUUUCAAAUUAUGAUUAAAUGAUGA